CACCCACCAGGCCAGCCACCCCAGUCAGGCCACCACUCCUCCCUACUUUUCUCCUUUUCUUCAUUCGCCACCCUAUAUCUCCUUCGUCUUCUCUCCUCCUCCCCACCAACAAGGGGAUCCACGCUCGCUUGAUUUUCAUUUCGGAAGAAUAAAUUUAAUUUUUGGUCUCAGAGUAGAAGGUGAGGAGAAGAGAUGGGCGGACGGGUGGAUCACGAGUACUCCUACCUGUUCAAGAUGGUGCUCAUCGGGGAUAGCGGCGUCGGCAAGUCCAACAUACUCUCCCGAUUCACCCGCAACCACUUCUCCCUCGACUCCAAGUCCACCAUCGGCGUGGAGUUCGCCACCAAGUCCUUGCAGAUGGAGGGAAAAACAAUAAAGGCUCAGAUCUGGGACACUGCUGGCCAGGAGAGGUACCGUGCAAUUACAAGCGCAUAUUACCGGGGCGCUGUAGGGGCUCUCCUUGUAUAUGACAUCACAAAGAAGCAGAGCUUUGACAAUGUUAAUAGGUGGCUGCGUGAGCUUCGUGAUCAUGCUGACUCCAGCAUUGUCAUCAUGAUGGUCGGUAACAAGUCUGACCUGACACAACUAAGAGCUGUCUCUGAAGAUCAAGGCAAGGCACUGGCUGAAAAGGAGGGCCUGUUUUUCCUUGAGACAUCAGCUAUGGAGGCUGUAAAUGUGGUAGAAGCCUUUCAGACUAUCAUCACAGAGGUCUAUGGUAUUGUCAACAAGAAAGCACUGGCCGCCAAAGAAGCAGCAGCAGCAGCUGUUCCAUUGCCUUCCCAGGGUAAAACCAUCAGCAUUGACAGUACUGCCGGGAACUCAAAGAGGGCAUGCUGCAAUACUUGAAAUGUAGACAUCAUACCGUAGAGAAUCGGGAGCGGGAAUCAUCAGCAGAGCAGCUUAGUUGAACUGGUGCGAAGGCAUUUCUACUCUUUUUGUUUCUCUGUUGUGCGAACAUCCUGGAGUACACUGCCGUAGGGGCAGUUUGUUCAGCAUUUCUGGAAGUUAGAUGUGUGUAUUAGGAUUCUGUUCCAUUUUCCACUAUGAAAGUUACAUUAUACUACAAUGUAUGUCGGAUUAUACAUCAUACCUGAUAGGACCCAAAACAAGUUUCGUUAAACCCUUCUUGGUCUAUAUUUUUUA